AUGUUCAAGUCAAGUAUUGUCGAAUCUUUUUACGAAUUAAGUAAAAAAAGUGAAAUUUAUAGCAUCUUGGGCGAGUUCAACCGUGAGCAGGACGCGUUUAUUAAAGGCCAGGAAGGGCGUGGUAACGCGGCCGCCGUCGCACCGUGGAUAGGUGCCCCCAACGAGGCGGCACUUAAGGAGGAGUGCCUGUCACUUUCUACUGACCGGCGGAACUUCGUGCGCGCUCCUCCAGCGGGUGUGGAAUUUGACUUCGACUACGACAAAAUGUACCCUGUGGCGGUUGCUAUAAUGACCGAAGACCCUAACCUGGAAAAGAUGCGCUUCGACCUCGUGCCAAAAGUUAUCACGGAGGAGAAUUUCUGGAGGAACUACUUCUACCGCUUGUCCCUCAUCUGCCAGGCCAACGAGGCAGACGCGGCUGCCAGCCGUCAGACCAGCGCCGACGAUUCCCAGGAAGAUGUAUUGGCAAAUGAAAACAUAACAGUAGCUGAAAAAUCGUCACAGGAAUCUAUAGAUGACGUCAAGAAACGAAUAAAGUCGUUGAAAGUCGAUAGAGAGAACGACGAUGAACAAUGGGAGAAGGAAUUGGAAGCUGAACUGAACGAAUACGAAGUAGUUGCUGACAAGGCCGGUGAUGAGAAGUGGGAGAAAGAAUGUGAAGAACUGCUCGGAGAUGGUGUGGACCUUAAAUAG